AGAUGAACGAGGUGAUACGCUCGUAAUGACAAAUGUGCCGCGGUGUAUUCAAUUACAAACAAUCGAAAGCUGGCGCGUGUUCCGAAGCGGUAGGCUUGUCAAAGGGUGAUCAGAAGGAGGACGAGCACGAUCGUUUGGAGGAGUCAGUCGAUCCAUUUAGUUUAGAAAUGGGUUGCUGUGGUUGUGCGGACGAGCCUUCGUCCAAAGUGGAACCAUCGUCUAAAAUGGAGCCCACGGAUCCUACGAACUCUAUGACACCUAAUAAUCAAGGCUCGCCGUCGAGUUAUUCAGAGCAGAUAUUCGUAAAGGAUCGAUCAUGCACCGAUUUUCUGGCUAUAAUCGUUCUACUUGUUCUGGCGGGUGGUUUUGUCUUCAUGAUGACGAAUGUGGUGAAGAAAGGUGACAUUUUCCGCGUGAUAAAUGGAUACGAUGAUUGCGGAAAUGUUUGCGGUCGCAUAACCUCGUAUGAAAAUGACCCGAAAUUCAAGUGUAAAGGUGCUGAUUACACCAACAAACCGUAUCUCGAAAUUGAUAUAGAAAUGACUGGAGUGAAGAAACGUACAUGUGUGGAGAACUGUGUGCAGGACGAGACCAAUAAAAUAUUAUUCCUGAAUCGCUGUAUGCAUAAGAAAGUGACAGAAACUAUCAACUCCAUAAUAAGGACCCUUCGGUUAGAAAGUUUUUACAAUGAUGCAGUUACUGAUCUGGGAAUCGCAUGGCGUGAAUUGAUUUAUCUUUUGCUUAUAGCUUUAGCACUUUCUCUCGGUAUCCUGGUGGCCUUCCGCUAUAUGGUACAAUAUGUCAUUUAUGUCGUAUUGAUCGGCGCAGUUUUGGCUUGCAUCGGUGGCACAACGUAUCUCUGGCUAGCGUGGUACCGUGAAAAAAGAAGCGUGGAAAGAGGCGAGGUCUAUCCGGAUGAUUCCAGCGUGGAACCCUACUUUAUCUACGCUAUUAUUAUGUCUGUUGUUUCUGUGAUUGUUCUUCUAGUAAUUCUAGUAAUGAGGAAAAGAAUCGAACUGGUCAUGCAGCUUUUCCGAGAGGCGGGUAAAGCUGUAUAUUCGAUGCCUGCGUUGCUAUUUCAGCCGAUUUAUACCUAUCUGCUGAUCGGGUCUACCGUAGUAGCAUGGGUCUACUGUAUGCUAUGGAUAGAGAGCGCUGGUGACAUUUACUUGAAUAGAAAAAAUCACGUUCAUUUCAAGAAAGAUGCGCUGCUUAUUGCAACAAGAUGGUACAAUCUAUUUUUAUUCUUCGUGGCGUGUGAAUUCUAUUUGGGUUGCCAGCACAUGGUUGUUGCUUGCGCUGUUGCCCGAUGGUUCUUUACAAGGGAUAAAAGAAGUCUUUCUUUACCAGUGGCAAAAGGUUUCGGAUAUCUUAUAAGAUAUCAUUUGGGUACCGUGGCUUUCGGAGCUUUAAUAAUAGGUAUUGUUAGAGUUAUCAGAGCCAUGAUAGCUUUCAUCCAAAAACAUCUAAAACGAUAUGACAACGCAUGUGUAAAAGGAAUUCUAUGGUGUUGUCAAUGUUGUCUCUGGUGUUUCGAGUGUGCUUUAAAAUUUCUCACUAGGAAUGCUUACAUCGAAACAGCUAUAUACGGAUGCAACUUUUGCACCGCUGGAAGAAAGGCAUUCCAGGCCUUGUCAAGCAACAUUUUACGAGUAGCGGCGAUUAACAGCGUUGGCGAUUUCGUCCUUUUUUUGGGUAAAGUCCUCGUUGUCACUCUUACCAUCGUUUCAGGAAUUUACUUGAUGCAGGUACAGAAAAAGGAAGGGCUUAAUCAUCCUUGGAUACCAAUCACUCUCGCAGGGAUAUUCGCAUUCCUUGUUUCGCAUUGUUUCAUAUCAAUCUAUGAGAUGAUUAUUGACACAAUAUUCAUAUGCUUCUGUGAGGACUGUGAGAAAAAUGACGGCAUUAACCGACCUUAUUUCAUGAGCCGCGGUUUAAUGGAAUUCGUAGAGAACAGCAAGAAAGCUUUAAGACAUCUAGAACAACAACGAGGUGCUGCAGCUUUAUAACAAGCGUUAAGAAUAUAUCUUUUUUCAAAGAAUAUAUCAUAUUAUUUUAAAUUCGAUGUUCAGUGCCAGUGCAACAAGACAAGCUCGUGAGUUAAGUUUGGACAGGUCUGUUGUAAUAUAUGGAUCUUUAAGAGAUAAUUGCAACACGUACAGAAAUAGUUUCUUUUCAUAUACGCAUAAGUUGUCUUCUUUUAACAUACAGGGGUGCGUUCAAAAUCGUCAUCUGGAUACAUCUAGAUGUUGUUUCAUUCUUGUUGUUCACGAAUGAUAAACAAGGAUAACACGACACCUGGGUGUCAGAUGAGGAUUCUGAAUGCAGCCUAACACAGUUAUUGAAGUUCUAUAGCAACAAAGUGUGGUGCGCACAAUCGAUUGUUUCGAUCAAUGGACUGACUAGUCUGACAACAUUAUAAGGAAUGUUACGAAUCAUUCUAUUUUCGAAGUUCCUAUUUCUAAAAAUAUUUUUUAUAUAACAAGAUAAUUUUUUCUACAUAAACUUAGAUGCGACGUUCGCACAAUUGCGAAUACGUCGAUUUGGCAGCCUGAACCUAGACAUGUACUUUUUGUACCAUGAUUAGUGAACAAAUUAAUCUAUAAGAUCUAUUCCACAUUCUAUAGCAUAAGUUUACAUAUAGUUAUAUUGUUAAA